UGGCGGUUGAGAAGCGGUUCAUGAUGUUGAACGAUCCGUACAUUGUUUUCAUGCAUCUUUUUCUGGAUUAUCCUUUAUUGUAGAGAAACCACAAAGUCUAGAAGCACACAUCUAAAGAUUGGCAAAAACUUCCAGUUACACAAUCUACAUGGCUUCCUUCUCAGCAACACUUUUGAUGACUGCUUUUGGUGCUUUCAUAAUAAUGCUUCUUGCCAUUCUUUUACUUGUGCUUUUUGUGUGGAAGGAGCAUAGGAAGUAUGGCCAUAUUCCUGGACCAAAAAGGAGGAGUUUUUUCCGUGGAAAUUUUCCUGAAUUUGAUGAAAAGGGGAAACUUCUUUCUGAAUUGUUUCUAGAGCAUGCUCUCCUGUAUGGGCCUGUGUUUAUCUGGUGGUACUUUUUCUGGCCAAUUGUUGUAAUAUCAGGCCCAGAAUUCAUAAAAUAUGGUUUGAUAACUUUAAAUCUUCCAAAGGCACCAUCAUCCUACAAUGCAUUAGCAUAUUUACUUGGACAACACAGAUUUCUUGGAUCUGGACUAGUUACUCAGUUGAAUCAUCAGAAAUGGAAGUUAAAGAGAAACCACAUAAAUCCAGCCUUUCAUCGUAGUUACUUAAAGGAUCUUGUCCCGCAGUUCAAUACUAUUGCGGAUGCUCUUAUUUCAAAGCUAUCAAGAAUUGCUGAUGGGAAAACUGUCAUUGACAUGUCCAAUGAAUUCCAAAAAGUGACUUUGGAUGUGAUUGCAAAGGUUGCAUUUAGCCUAGAUUUGCAUUGCCUGGAGGAUCACAACUGCAAAGUUCAUAAAAAUCUUAGUACGUGUCUGGAAGGUUUUGAAGAGAGUUUUAAUCAGCCUCUCCUAUCCUUGCCAUUUUACAAACAAUCAUACCAGAUGACCAUUUCCCAAUCAGUAGCUGUUUUACGUAAUUAUGCAAGGGAAUACAUACAGCAGCGACUGCAAGCCAUGGAAGACUCUAAAAAGAGGUCUAAUGAUAUACUCCAGAUGAUUCUGGAGGCUUUUGAUGUGAAUUCAAAGAAUAGUGAUGCUUACAUGGAAGAACUUGUGGAUGAAUUCCUUACAUUUUUCCUAGCAGGUCAAGACACAACUGCAAACCAACUUAGCUUCACCUUGCUAGAAACUCUGUUGAAUGAAGACAUUGAAAAUAGGAUAUGUAAGGAGGUGGACAGUGUCCUAGGAGGAAAAGAAACUGUCGAAUUUUAUGACAUUGCAAAGCUGGGGUAUCUUGGGCAGGCACUUAAAGAAAGUCUACGAAAACAUCCACUUGUAGGGGCUACUGCCCGAGUUACAACGAAAACUGAGAAAUUUGGACAAUAUUUAAUACCCAAAGGAACAAAAUUACACUUUUCAAUUUUUGUCUCCCAUCACCUUCCCGAAUUCUGGGACAGUCCAGAAAGCUUUCUUCCAGAGAGAUUUGCAGACACUAACAAGCCUUCAAAUUUUGUUUACUUUCCAUUCUCUUGUGGUCCAAGAGUUUGUAUUGGAAAGGUUUUCUCGGCUAUCAAUGCCACAAUUGUCAUGGCACGCAUUUUUCAAAAGUUCAAAUUUCAGUUGGUGCCUGGGCAGACUGUGCAGCGGGGUGAGAAUCUCACGCUUCAACCUAAGGGUGGAGUCCUGUGCACUGUCAAGGAAAGAACAUCAGCAAUUAAAAUUAAUUCAUAACUAAUUAUGAUGGAAGAUCAAAGUGAAUCAAACAAAUUUUAGGUGAAGGUUAAUUGAAGGUUGCUUGAAAGUAAUGGUAAUUGAACUGAGUGCAGUGCAUAAAGGCUGAUAGUUUCUAAAGAAACUGUUUGGCGCUGCGUCCGUGGG